CAGAUCUAAAAGAGCAUGAAACAGGCGGAUAUAACAAAUCAUAGUUAUGCAAUCUACUUAAAAGCGCUUUGAUGAAGUUCUGAAAGAUAUUUUGCUCAUUGAUGUAUGUAAAUAACGUAAUGUGAAAUUGCUUUGUUGUACUGUGGUAACAGUUACCCAGGCAGCGCGGUGCAUACGCUGCCGGUAUGAAAGGACAAUGGGCACACACUGCUAACGCUCUCCCUAUGCGCUGCUGCCGCUCCGCCUACGCUCUGCUUACGCGUGCGGUAUGAAACGGGUGUUAGAGAUGAAAGAAACUCUCCUCGCCUCUGCUGUCAAUGAAUGUGUCCGGGCGCGCGCACUUCCGCCGCCCCGCCCGCGACACUGGAGCAUCUGAUCUUUGUCCUACAUAAGACAGUCGCUCCGCCCCGCUUUCCUGCCGGACCCUUUCUCCUGAUGCAUCCAUUUUUGUGCAUUCAAGAAAUCUCUCGGAGUUAGCAGCAGCCGGGAAGAAAUCAAGGGAAAUCUGACGGAAAGAGGACGCCUUUAAGCGCAAUAAGGGUCGCGGGCCCUGUCGUUGGAUACUCGGAGCUCCCCAUAAGCGGCAGCAGCCAUGGGUUAGACUGCAUUCACCAUGAUUGCGAAAUAAAAGCACCCACGCCUGAAAAUGUCUGCUCGGGAUGGCCCGGCCGCAUCCCCUGCGGCUCCCGCUCAACCGGACAUGCCGGACCUGAGCCACCUCACCGAAGAGGAGAAAAAGAUCAUCCUGUCGGUCAUGGACCGCCAGAAGAAAGAGGAGGAGAAAGAGCAGUCCAUGUUGAAGGAAACUCCUAAGGAAGACAAAAUGCCUCAACCAUCUCAGUGGAACCUUUUCAGUGGAAUCACUGAGUUGGUUAGUAAUGUUCUUCAACCACAGUCAAAGUCCCCCAGUGAGGAGGAGCCAAAGGCGAAGUUGCACCAGCAGUUUGAGAUGUAUAAGGACCAGGUGAAGAAGAUCGGCGACGAGGCGCAGAAGAAACCCGAGCAGAAGGCCGACUCGCCCACCUGCGGAAUUUGCCACAAAACCAAGUUUGCCGAUGGCUGCGGCCACGUCUGUUCUUAUUGCCAAACAAAGUUCUGCGCUCGCUGCGGAGGACGAGUAUCUCUCCGGUCCAACAAAGUAAUGUGGGUAUGCAACCUGUGCCGAAAACAACAAGAAAUCCUCACCAAGUCGGGAGAGUGGUUCUACAGUGGUUCUGAGGGGUCCAGAUCAGGGCCCCAAGCCAAAGUGAGAGGAGGCCCAGUCAGUGCGAGCCAGGACCCUCUCAGAAACGGUUCGGGGGUCCCCACAGACAGGAAAAGAAGCCCAUCAGCAUCCAGGGAUCCAAACGCGCCAUAUAACCAAAGGGAGGGGGAAGGAGGAUUGCAGCAUGCCCCGGCUGAAGGUGGCAUGCCCCGCUCACCGUCCGACUACGGACGGGACCCUGGCCGAUCACCAAGGAGUUCAAGGAUGUAUGACGAGGUGGGAGGUUACCAAGACACUCGAGGACGCUGGCACUCGCAGGACCAGCGUUUGGACGGCCAGUUAGAUGACUAUGAAAUCCAGAGGCGUCGUGAGGAGGAGUACCAGGCUCGAUACCGCAGCGAUCCCAACCUGGCACGCUACCCGGUCAAACCCCAACCCUACGAGGAGCAGAUGCGCAUCCAUGCCCAGGUGUCACGGGCUCGGCACGAGCGCCGCCAUAGCGAUGUCUCGCUUGCCUACACAGAACUUGAUGACCAUCUGCACGGAGCUGGGGUCCGUCAGUCUCGCCUUCCUCUUUUGGGAGGCCCAAGUCAGCGUUCGUACUCGGUGGACAGGACCUCACCAGGCCUUCGCACGUCCAAUCACAGCCCACCGACACCCCACCGCAGCCCCGUGCUGGGAGACAGCCGGCGAGGUGUGGGGGACCCAGCGAGAAAGCCCAUGCUCCAGCAGCACCACUUGGACCCUAGCUCAGCCAUACUUAGGAACAAACGGGAUAAAAUGGAUAGCAUGCUGCGAAACGACUCGCUAAGCUCGGACCAGUCGGAGUCGGUUCGGCCUCCUCCACCCAGACCCCACCGCAGCAGACGUAUUGGAAAGCUCAGGACCAUGGACAGCUUCAGUAGCUCAGAGGAAGAGCUGGCCACAACACCAGAGUACACCAGCUGUGAGGAUGUGGAGCUGGAAAGUGAGUCCAUCAGUGAGAAAGGAGAUAUGGAUGGUCACUGGUGGGACCAUGCGUCAUGGCACAGCGAGGCCUCCUCAUUGUCUAUGCACCCGGUGACAUGGCAACCGUCCAAAGAUGGAGAGCGCCUAAUAGGGCGGGUAGUGCUAAACAAGCGGAUGAAAGAUGGCACAGUGCCCAGGGACACAGGCACGCUGCUGGGCCUCAAGGUCGUGGGGGGGAAGAUGACAGAGUCUGGGAGACUUUGUGCUUUCAUCACAAAAGUGAAGAAAGGAAGUCUAGCAGAUACUGUCGGCCAUCUCCGACCAGGUGAUCAGGUCCUGGAGUGGAACGGGAGGGUCUUGCAGGGAGCCACAUUUAAGGAAGUUUACAAUAUCAUUCUAGAAUCCAAACCCGAGCCCCAGGUGGAGCUGGUGGUCUCGCGGCCCAUUGGAGACGUCCCUAGAAUACCAGAGAGCACACAUGGACAACUUGAAUCAAGUUCAAGUUCCUUUGAAUCCCAAAAAAUGGGCCCUUCUAUUUCUGUCACGUCCCCAAUGAGCCCUGGCAUGCUCCGGGACAGCCCUCAGUAUCUGUCUGGACAGCUCUCCAGCCCAUGCCUUAGUAGAAGAACCACGCCUUUUGUCCCUAGGGUCCAGGUAAAGCUUUGGUACGAUAAAGUGGGACAUCAACUCAUUGUUACAAUCCUGGGAGCCAAAGACCUGCCUUCACAGGAAGACGGGCGGCCUAGGAACCCCUAUGUCAAAAUCUACUUUCUCCCCGACAGAAGUGACAAAAGCAAGAGGCGAACAAAAACAGUGAAGAAAUCCCUCGAGCCCAAGUGGAACCAGACGUUCAUGUACUCGCCGGUGCACAGACGAGAGUUCAGAGAACGUAUGCUGGAGAUCACGCUAUGGGACCAGGCCAGAGUCCGAGAGGAGGAGAGUGAGUUCCUGGGAGAGAUUCUGAUAGAGCUGGAGACGGCACUGUUGGAAGACCAACCUCACUGGUAUAAGCUACAAACACAUGACUUGUCUUCUAUGCCGCUGCCCAACCCCUCUCCUUACACGCAGAGACGCCUUCCACAUGGAGAGAGUCCAACACGCAGGUUACAGAGGUCACAGAGAAUCAGUGACAGCGAGUUCUCUGAUUAUGACUGUGAGGACGGGGUUGGUGUUAUCUCAGAUUAUCGGCUCAAUGGCAGGGAUUUCCAGAGCUCCACGCUGUCUGUACCUGAGCAGGUUAUGUCCUCCAAUCACUGUUCACGAUCGGACGUGAUUCGCACACGUUCGCGGUCACCCAGCGUUCCUCCCCCACAAAGUCGAAGUUUAGAUCAUGGUGUUAGAGGAGGACCCUCGUUGUAUGGCCCCCGUCAUCGGCUGUCCGAAGAACGCUACUCACCAGACAGCCAGUAUCUUACCCUCCCUCCUCGAACCAGACACAGACAGCCAACCAUCGACCCCGCUAUCCAGGACCCCAGUAUAUACCCUCUGUAUCGAGAAGACGCGGUCAGAUUACUUCGCUCCAGUAAAAUGGCUCGUGCAUACUCAGAAGGCGCUUACAAUAGCAUGGAAAGGAGAAUGAGGAGGGAUAGACAUAUUUCUGCGUUCAAUGACUCGUUUGAUUCUCCUGAGAGAUAUUACAAUGGGCUCAAUCAUGUUAUGAACGGAACCUGUGGGGACUACAGGACAUGUCCCAGGAUAGAAAUCGAACCUUCUACAGAUACAGAAAGAGAGGACCAUAUCCCAGAGUUCCCAGCUAACCAUGAGCACUUUGAAGAAGAUCUCAGGUACAGUCGCAGCAUGGUGGUCAGGCAUGACCAUUACAGGUCCAGGUCAGCUGAUCAGCGGCCCAUGAUGGAUCAUCCGGUCUACACCCGUUCCCGCUCGUCUGAGCGGCCCGACUCCGGCUACAUGAGAUCCAUGCCAUCCUUAACGUCAGGGAGAUCUGCCCCUCCCUCUCCCGCCUUAUCGAGGGCAAACCCACGCACUGGAUCGGUUCAAACAAGUCCCACCAGCACACCAGUAUCAAGUCGGAGAGGUCGGCAGCUACCCCAGGUCCCACCGAAGGUUACCAUGGACAGAAAAGAUGGCGAGGGCAUGACUGAGCCUUAUGAAGUGGGGGGGACGUCACAAUCCCCAGCCCCGCCCCCUGCACCUCCUCAGAUUUCACAAACAGUGGCUGCUUACAUGGGAAUGGAGCCUCCUGUUCCUGGUCCUACCAUUACACAUCCCACUGGUCAUGCCCCUGUUCCACAUUCUGCUCAUAUUCCUCCUCAUCAUGCUUCUGCCACACCCCCUCAUACACGCAUUCCUCCUGUCACGCAUGCCACUCCCCCUCCUGCUCCUCCUCCUCCCCCUGGUCCGGCCCCUCCUGCUCCCUCACCAUCAACAGCGCCACCUCCUGUCCAACAGGCGUCUGUGUCAGAACCCGAGGAAAAGCCUGUAGCUCCCCCAGCUGUCAACGGGAGGAAAGAAGUGACAUGGGGAGACCUGCAGAAGAAAACCACUGCGGUAGAGACAGUAUCAGAGACUGAAGAUGCAGGUAUUUUAAAGGAUCCAUCAAGGCGAGGAAUGGACAAUCUGUCCAUGAGAUCAUCGGACAGCGAUGUAAGCGACGUGUCCGCUAUGUCGAGUACGUCUCGGCUUAGCAGCACGAGUUACAUGUCUGUCCAGUCAGAAAGAGCGCGGGCCAGCCGCAAGAUCAGCCGUGCAGAGGCUCUUCAGAGUCAGGGAGAGGAGGGCACUGUGGUGGUGGAGGAGCAGGUGGAGCCAGCUUCAGGAAGCGCUCAGGGGGCGGGGCAUGAAGGGGAGGUGGGUGGUGCUACUGAGAACCCAGAAGGGGAAGAAGAGGAGGAACCUGAGAGUGAGUUUACAUCUAAAAUAAAACACAGGGCUCAAACGGCCACACCCGGCUCCAACAUCACAAAGAGUUCCAGCGUCGGCGGAGACAUGUGUUCGCUGGGUAGAAAUGAUGAUGAGGAUGAUGACAAGAAGAGACGUUCAAGUUUUGGGGCGAAGAUGGCAGCCAUGGUGGGACUGGGGAAAAAGAGCCAAAGUACAUCCCAGCUGGACCCAGAGGAGGAAGGCAGGAAGAAGAAGCCGGUGCGCCUGGCAAUCCAGCGAAGCGUGGAGACGGGAUUGGCCAUCGAGAUGAAGAACAGAAUGACACGUCAGCCCAGUAGAGAGACCACAGACGAUGGUGAAAAGGCUAAACCUGGAAAUUUUAUCUUCCCUGGGGUGAAGAUUUCAUCAGACAGUCAGUUCACUGAGUUUUUGGAUGGUCUUGGCCCCGCCCAGCUGGCAGGGAGACAGACAUUGGCCACACCUCCAAUGGGCGACAUACAGAUCGGUAUGGUGCACCGGAAGGAGAGGCUGGAUGUGGAAGUUAUUCGGGCUAGAGGCCUGGUGGGCAAACCAGGCAACAAACAGACGCCAGCACCCUAUGUUAAAGUAUAUCUGUUAGACAACGGGAAGUGCAUCAACAAGAAGAAAACACGGACAGCAAGAAAAACACUGGAUCCUCUUUAUCAACAGCAGCUUCAGUUUGAGGAGAAUCCUGAAGGGAAGGUUUUACAGAUCAUUGUUUGGGGGGACUAUGGACGCAUGGACCACAAAUCUUUCAUGGGAGCAGCCCAGAUCCUAUUGGACGAUUUAGAGCUGACCAACAUGGUGAUUGGCUGGUACAAGCUCUUUCCUCCCACCUCAUUGGUGGACCCGACCUUGGCACCUUUAAGUCGUAAACCUCCAGAAUCAGGUGUGGAGAGCUCCAACGUUCGGUCGUAGCGGCACGGGGUGGUGAGAGGUAGAGAGCGGCAUGAGUAGCUACAGCUACAGACAGAGAGAAAACAGUCUCGACGGGUCACGUCCUGGUUACACUGCAUGCUUGAUGUCGUGUUCUCUGAGCCCGUUCGACGAGAGGCUGCGAAAAGGCCUGCGUCCUUCUGCCAAAAAAAUAAACGAAAAGAAAACAGCAUGCUGCUGUCACGUGCAGGGAAAUAAAGCCACAGGACGUCUCCGAAGAGAUGCGGUCGCCUUACACAGCAGAGUUCUGACUCUCCGUCGCGGUUGGAGCACAGGAACAGGGAAAGGGAAAGGAAGACAUCAUACUAUUCUGGCUGUUUACUCUCUGUUUUAUUCAAAGAGAUGUCAGUGUUUCUUAACUCAAACUCGAUGCAUUGUAGCCAUUACUCUGAGCCAAGCUCUGAAAAAGCUCCUUUAAGAAAGAAGCACUUGGCUAAGAAAAGGGAACCUCGGAAAGAUGAUGUUCAUACUCCGACAAGCCAGAUCUCCACGUCAUUUUUAGCAUUUGAUGAUGAAUAUGUAAAUGAAUAUGCCAGAGUUCCUGUUUAAUUCAGGAGAAAACGGAAUUAUGAAAGAAACAUAUAGACCUUUUUGUGCUCCGGUAUGACAUUCUUUGUUAAUGUACUGUAUGAAAUUCAUGGGGAAUUGUUUUUCCUUUUUUGUUUGCAUGAAUGCAAAUUUGUUUAAAAAAGGUUAUUUUCCUCAUGGCUGCAACUUGCAAAAAAAAGAAAAAGAUUUCAGGAUCAGCCAUUUUCAACAUUUGUAUUAUUUUUAAUAUGAAAUUCUCUAGUGCAUGGUUUUCAAAGAGACUGAAUGCAACAAGCUAAAGAUGUGAUUGUCAUCCUUUAGACAAUUCUUCUGUAUUUUUACAGAGAUCAGAUACAGGUGUGGCCAUCAUUAAUGAAAAAAGCUAUCGAGAAAAAUAAGAGAUGGCAGAGGAAAACUCAAUAAAUGUACAAUAUUCAUUGCAAUGUAAGGCACAAGCCUCAAAUUGUAACGUUAUAUGGAAAUCGUACAUUUCUCCCUUCAGCGUCAGCCAUGUUUGUGUACAUGUGGAGACAGCCGUAGAUUAUGUUACGGGUCUGUCAUAACUCAGUUGUUACAUUAGAAUGGCUCAUUUAUUCAAAGUAAGCAUGUUGAAAAGGGUCUGCAACAUGGAUUGAGCACAGUGUCUGAGUAACACAGCAUGUUUUUGAUAGAGACAUCUGGGAUUUUUCCGCAGUUUUGUGUACAGUGCAUGUGGACCGGACCCUUGAUCUGAUCAACCGUGGACUCGGGGUCGAGGUUUUGUGGCUGAUGGUUCAGACAUUCAAUGCAACAUUCCACCUCUUGGCACUCAUCGUUUCUUGAAGUUUUCAAAAGGAAAUAAAAGAGAAUUAAACACAUGAAAGAACAAAAACAAGGGGAAAAAAGCAAAGAAAAUUUAUAUUUAUUCAAGGUUGACUUGGAAAAAAAGUUGCAAGUAUAUUUUAUUUUAUUAUUGUUAUAAAGAAAAUGGUAUAAAAACUGGUUCCCAUUGGAUGGUGCUGUACGAAGACUCUAAACUCUGGACUGGACAAUGUUCUCCCAUGUGUUGUUAAACACAACGGUUGUUGAGAAAGGAGUCACACAGUUCGUGAAGAUGGGAAAAUUGCCACAAAAUAUGAAUUUUUAAUUGUUUAUUGUUUUGAGAGAAUAAAAUUCAUUUACUAAUUCCUGUGUUUGUUU